CCAGACAGUUGAAAAUUCCUCAUUUUCAUUUCUCGUCUGCACUUUGUUCGGUACAUUUAAUAAUAUACACCCGCGACAAAGUCAAAUGAUGAUUAGAAAUGUCGUCAGGUAAAUUUCUUCUGCUCCUUCCUCCAUUUCAAUGCUCGUUCAAUCUUCGAAUCCUUCUCCCUUCCUCCCCCAUUUAUCCUCUAACACAGAAAACAGACUUCAUUGUUAAAUUGUUAAUCGAUAUUUGAGGGGGGAAAAAUGAGCACGGAAGAACUUCUUAAGAUCGAGCCUUCAGUGCUUACUUUCCAAUUUGAGCUGAAUAAGCAAGCAUCUUGUUCAAUUCGGUUAUCAAAUAAUACCCAAAAACGUGUUGCUUUUAAGGUUAUGACCACUAAUCCUAAAAAGUAUUGGGUUCAAUUCAAUGUUGGAAUUAUUUCACCCAGAUCAACAAAAGACAUCACAGUAACAAUGCAAAGCCAGAAGAAGGCUCCUCCUAGCAUGCAAUGUAAGGACAAGUUUCUAAUUCAGAGUAUAGUUCCAAGUUCUGGCGCAACUGUCGAAGAUUUUAGAAGUUUGUUCAACAAGGAAGGACAUCCUAUUCAAAAGUGCAAACUGGAAGUGGUAUACAAUAUUGUGCCCCAAGUUCCAUCAUCAAUUCCUGAUGGAUCGACAAGAGCAAGGAAGCUACUUGAUGUCAAACCGUCAAAGCUCCACUUUCCGUUUGAACUGAAUAAGGAGCUCUCUUGUUCAUUUCAGUUGUCAAAUGUGACUGAGAAUCGCGUUGCUUUUAAGGUCAAGACUACGAAUACGAUAAAGUAUUGUGUUAUUCCAAGCAAGGGGUUUGUUUUGCCUCGAUCAACUUGUGAUAUCACAGUGAAAAUGCAAGCACAGAAUGAGUUUCCUCCAGAUGUGAAAUGCAGUGAUAAAUUUCUAAUUCAGAGUAUAGUUGCAAAUGCUGCUGCAACUACAAACGACAUCCCUGCCGACAUGUUCAACAAGUGUGAAGAGUGCAAACUUAGAGUGGAGUAUGUAUUCUGGCCACAUCCACCAUCAACAAUGACAUCAGAAGAAGGUUCUUCAUGGAAUGUAUCAAACGUGGAAGCAAGAAAUUCAAGUAAUCCCAAGGUUGUGCCUGGGCAUGACAGAAUUGUAAAUAAUGGACGUGAUGUAAUCUUGGGCUUAAUCAUCAUUGGCUUGUUUGGCAUAGUUAUCUGGUGCAUCAUGAAAAUGGCCAUGCCGCUCAUCGGGUAUUCAUCUUUUGUUUUAUACUUAUACUCACUACAACAUUUCAUAACAAGAAUUAUGUCUUAUUGACUUAAAAACCAGUGAUUGAGGCUGCAUAUCUAAAUUGAGUUUAGACAGAUUCAAUUGACUAAAAGCUUGAUUUUCAACUCUUGUGCUCUAGAAUCCAGAAGAACUUUUUGAGCAAAAAAUUCGUCAUUGAGUUAUUAAUGUCCAUUUCAUGUUCAGAAUUUCAUUUGCCCUUACGGAAACUAAUAAUUACUUGUGACAUUUGUGUUGAGUUUUAAGAAGUGUGAGGCAGUGACAGUCGAAGUUUCUGAGUUUUUGAUUUCAUUCAAGUCUCUAUAAGACUAUAAUUGAUAAUUGCAACUCAUAAACUUAUUACAUAUUGGGAAAAUUACAGCUGCAGUCCCAAACCUGAACAAAAUAUAACAAAUAGGUCCUCAACCUUCAGUUUGUAGUUCUGUAGCAAACAGGUCCCCAGUAGACGGUUCUGUCCAUUUCAGCAUUUUAAAAUUAAAUUUUUCUUUGCAAAACCAUUAUACCCUUAGUUUUAUAUGCAGUUAAAAAGGAAAAAAGAAAAAUCUGCCAAACUAAAAUGAAAG